UAGUGAAAGAGUGUGCUUUGUGGCUUUGCACCUCAUUCUCUCCCAGACUCGCUCCUAAGUGUGCACUGAGGGAAGAGCCUUUUUUUUUUUCUUUCUUUCAAUGAGGCACUGCCUGAAGAGGGUUUAUCAUAUGCUGAGACACAGACACACAUUCUCACACAUAAGAAAAGAAUCCAUUCCUUUUUGAAGCUACCAGCAGAUGAGACAGCUCUGAAAAACCUACCUACCUGCAAGGGAGAGCCAGCAUCUGAUAAGAGAUCUGACUGACAUAUAGGGGGGGAUACAAGAGGCAAGGGGGAGAAAAGAGAAGAAGACAAAGAAGAAGAAAGCGUCACUGCAGAAGAUCAGAAGAGGGCAGACCAAAUGAAAUGCCAAAAGAGAAGCUGCAAGCAAGCAAAAAAGUGAUUUGGCUGUGUGAGAAGGAAGUAAACUUCGCAAGAGAUAUUUUACGCAGUGGUCAUUAGGACCUAUUUUAACAACUUGCAAAGAGAAACAAACAGCAUCUCAGGACAUACAAUUCCUGCAGAAAACAAAAUCAAUACACAUAUAAUACUAAAACAAGAGAGUCAGAAACCAUCAGAGGAAAAUAUUACAUAAAGUGGGGAAAAGAACAUACUAUCAGGAUGCAACUUUGCUCUGUAUUUGUGUUCAUGAUUCUGCAGAUCCACAGAGUUCACCUACAGAAGUUCUCAGCACUGACGUUUCUGAGGGUCGACCAAGACAAAGAAUGCAAUGUGGAAUGUACAGGCUCACCGCAGAAACCACUUUGUGCUUCGGAUGGAAGAACCUUUAUGACCCGCUGUGAAUUUCAGAGAGCCAAGUGCAGAGACCCUCAACUAGAGAUAGCUUACCGGGGAAGCUGCAAAGAAGUUUCUAGAUGUGUGGCAGAGCGGAAAUACACCCAGCAGCAAGCAAGAAAAGUCUUUCCGCAAGUAUUUAUACCAGAAUGCAAUGAUGAUGGAACAUAUAGCCAGGUUCAAUGUCACAGCUACACUGGAUACUGCUGGUGCGUCACCCCAAAUGGACGGCCCAUAAGUGGCACAGCUGUAGCAAAUAAGACACCCAGAUGUCCAGGGGCCAUUCCAGAAAAGGUACCUCGCAAAGAUGCUGGAAAAACAGGGAUUCCUGAGACUCACCUCUCUGAAAGGAAUGCUGUUCUCCUUUUUAACACAGAUGACUCAACAGCUCCAGCGCUGGAUCCACAGCCUCAAGGAGAUGAAGAAGAUAUUACAUCUCAUUAUCCAACUUUGUGGACUGAGCAAGUGAGGAGCCGGCAGACCAAUCGAACUCGGAAUCCAGCUUCUUCUUGUGAUCAAGAGCACCAAACAGCCCAGGAGGAUGCCAGACAACACAAGAAUGAAGCCAUUUUCAUCCCAGAAUGUGCAAAUGGUGGGCUUUACAAACCAGUUCAGUGUCACCCUUCCACAGGCUACUGCUGGUGUGUACUUGUAGACACCGGGCGCCCAAUUCCUGGUACAUCUACUAGGUAUGAACAGCCCAAAUGUGAUGGAAAUGCAAGAGCCCAUCCCACAAAACCCAAAGACCACUACAAGAGCAGACAUCUUCAAGGCUGCCCCGGGGACAAAAAAACGGAGUUUCUAACCAGCGUUCUGGAUGCCCUAUCAACGGAUAUGGUUCAUGCAGUGUCUGAUCCAUCUUUAGCAAGCAGAAUUUCUGAGCCAGAUCCCAGCCAUACUCUGGAGGAGAGAGUGGUUCAUUGGUAUUUCAACCAACUGGACAAGAAUGCAAGUGGAAACAUUGGCAAGAAGGAGAUUAAGCCUUUCAAAAGAUUUUUGCGCAAAAAGUCAAAGCCUAAAAAAUGUGUGAAGAAAUUUGUGGAAUAUUGUGAUAUGAAUAAUGACAAAGCUUUAACCGAGCAAGAGCUAAUGGGAUGCCUUGGAGUGACCAAGGAUGAUGGACCUAAAAAUCCUGGAGAAAGUACUUCAAAUAAACAGCAGGCCUCAAAGAAGCAAGGUUAAAAGGAUGAUCUGCUUACGGCCCAUUAUCUGCUUCUGGGAAACUUCCUUACCAAAUGGAAAUGAAACCCAUAGUAUUUGCACUUUGUACUUUAAAAUGUAAAUUCACUUUGUAGAAAAGAAAUAUUUAAACAGACUUUUGAAUCUGUGAAAGACCUGUAGGUAGACUGUUCAUUUGUUUUGUUUUGUGUUUUUUAUCAUAUCACAUACAAUGUAUGUGUCCUUUUUUGUCUUAAAAAUAUUCUUUUCUAAGUUGUACAAGUUUUCAUUUAUUGUAUUGUUUUAUUUUGUAUUUUUGUUUAAUUUUUGUAAGACUGCUAACAAAUGAAAAAAGAAGUCAUGCUCAUGCACACUACUAAAACCAUUCCUUAGACAGUUUAAUACAAAGGCAUUGUGCUUAUGUUAAAAAAAAUCAACUAAGCUUUUUUGUACAAUUACUUCAGAUUCAGAAAUUUGUGAAUUGUCAAAAACGCAGUUUCAUAUACAGUACAAUAAACUGAAUCAUAACAAGA